AUCGAAAGACUUCAUACCAAAUACGGUGUGAAUCCAUAUUUUAAAGUUUCUGUCGGACCCGACGAUCUCGACCCCAACCAACCCUUCAUUAUUAAGAUUGAACCAUCGGGAUUAGGUCUGCCCUCCAAGAACUACUAUUAUGAUACCAAAUAUGAAAAGCAAACGGAAUCCUAUAAGAACUUUAUGAGAGAAUUGGCGAAACUGUUUAACGCUCAGUCCAUACAAGCGAAUCAAUUCGCAGAGAAU